CAAAAGCGUUAAUUGAGGGUUCUCGCGAGAUUAGAGUUCUCCACUUGUCCAACAUGGCGCCUUAGGGACAUUGUUAUUGUUCUGUUGUUCCUUCUAGAGUUGCUCGGCAUUUAACGACCACCGCGAAUUUAAAGGCCGGGCAUGUCGGUGCGGGAAUGAGAGGAAUAUCUAGAGAUCAUGUUAAGGUCCACCGGCUUUUUCCAAGGGAUUGACUGCCCGUUUUACACGGAAAACAGCGAUGGCAGGAGCGGCUUCAGUGGGUGUAACAGACCGUACUGUCACUUCAGGCACAAGCAGCAAAGACGGGCGUCCUAUGGAGCACCGGUCGAUGUUAAAAAACAAAGAAACCGUCACUUCGGACAAAAAGAACAAGGAUACGAUCCCUUUAAUCCAGAAGUAGGCACACCACCGCAGCAGGAAAAUGGGGAGCCCGCUGACUCAGGCGACAUCACUGGCGCCUUGGAGAUUGUCAACCGGGCCAUCGAGGAGGUCCGCAACCAGGUGGAAAGAGAGAAGAGGAAACUCUUUCAGAUUGGGGAUGAGCCGUACAGUCCCAGCAAGGGUGCAGGCUCGUCCAGAUCCAACGCUGCCAAAAGUAAAGCGGCAGGCUCACACUUGGGUUAUGAUCCUGGGAGUUAUCAGAUCUCCUCAGAGGGAUACAAGCCCAGCCCCGGUUGCAGCAAGUACACCUUGGAUUCAGAUAGUCGGGGGCUCAACAGUAACUCAAUGGAAUAUGUUCCCACUUCGUUAAAAAAGCCUUCAGCUCCAACACAGCUCCCUUCUUCUCCCCCCAGUCCAAAGUAUGCAAAUAGUACACCUUCUUCUAAGUGUAAAUACACUGUUGACAGCUCUAGACCGUCUACGGACAUGGAGUACGACCCGCUUUCGAACUACGCAGCCGGAAUCACAGUGAAAAGCAAGAGGGAUACAGUUACACAGCUUGUUAGCACCAGCUGUGGAAAGACAUUUAAACUCCCAGGGACUGACUUGCUGGACGAGGGGUAUUUUAUCGAUGGGAAAAAGCCGUGUCAGCCCAGCAUCGAUGCAAACAAGUAUACCAUCUCUGACUCCGAUGGGGAGAGUUCGGGAACAGAAUACAGACCCACCUCGCUUAGCAACCUCCAGCAAAGAAAAUGCAUCAGGUCUGGAAGCCCUUUUAGCAAAGAGAGGACUGAAGGCAUUCAGGUGCAAAGCAAGACAGAUGAUCGGACGCACUACUCUGACAUUCAGGAGUGUGACAAAAACAAAAACCACGUGGAGAAAAAGAAGGCGACUGUAGGAAGCAGGGUAGACAAAAGUGUAAAGCCAGAGAAAGUACAUAAACUUGAAAAGGACGUAAACAAAUCGGUCAGCAAGAGUUGUGGCAGCAGCAGUAGUAAAGACAAGGGCUCCAAGAAUCAAAGCAAGAGUCACGGGAAAAAAGACGACGUGAAGAGCACGUCAAAAGAUAAAAGAUCAGAUAAAGUUCAGAGAGAAGGCAGAGAUGAAAAGAAAAGUGACGGGAAGGUCAGGACUGUGGAAAAGCUUAAAAGAGAUGCAAGCAAAGAGCACAAAGAUGAAAGAGAAAGCAAAAAACUCAAGACCUCAGACAGGGAAAAAGAACACAACCGGCUAAAGGACAGCCAACAGAAAAACGGUCAACUGAGCAGCAUUAAAAGAGACAAAGACACAAAGAAAAUACUUAGUAAAAGCAGUUCCAGCAGCAGUAAAGGGACUUCAUCUGUCAGCAAUGACAAAAAGAAGCGAAGCAUCACUUCAUUGAAUGAGAAAAGACUGCAGGACAAAAAGCAGAAUGUGAGUCUGAGCCACGCGGAUCUGUUUGGAGAUGAAAGUCCGGAUGAGGCGGAACCGAUCGUGGUGGAUUCUGGAGAAGAGUCGGAGGAAAUUUUGGUACGGAAGACAGCUGACACGUUAAAAAGAGUACGGCUCAACAAGAGGAAAGUCUCAGAGUGGACUCGGCCCUCCUCUGACGAUGAGAGCGAUCGCAACGAAGAAUGCAAGAAGGACGACGCUGACACCAUCGACCUUUCCUACUUCCAAGAUGACCUGGACUUGGACUGCGAUCCCAUGGAGGAGUGUUUGAGGAUCUUUAACGAAUCUAAAGAUGUGAAGAGGGAAGACAAGGGAAGGCAGGCAAAGCAGCCUUCCAGGGAUUCAGAGGAGGAUAAAAGCACAGACUGCACUUUAGCAACUCUCCUUCCUGGCCAGAAGAAGAGGGUGUCCCAUUUAGCUGCCAAAGGAAAUGUUGAUCCACCUGCAAAGACGGUGAUCCGCUCGUAUAAAAGACCCACACCACAGGAGGCGUGCUUCCAGCGAAUGCAGAUAGCCCAACAACAAGCUGCUCAGCUCUCCACUUCUUUCAAAGCCACUUCACAAAGCUCCAGUGUUGGCUUUUCUGGAGAGAAGAAACGAAUCGCCCACCGUCCUAACCCGUCAUCGCCUAAGACGACUCCUGCAGAUGUUAAACCAACUGCCAGUCGAGUGUUAUCGCCCAGUCAGAAUCCGCAGGGAGUCAAGACCCAAACUACAGCUGGGAUUUUGUCCAAGACCUCCUCUACAGUCGUGCAUAAGAGGGUGGCGCACACACCCACCAUGAAGAGCUCUUCGUUGAAGCGUCCCGUGAUCCCCUCUGAAUUUGGGGCCAAAGUUCCCACCAACAUCCGCCAGCGCUACCUCAACACUUUCAUCGAUGAAUGCAUCAAGUUUUGCUCUUUGGAGGAGGACGCCUUUCAGAUGGCUCUGGAUGAGGAGAAGGUGGUGUACGAGCGCAGCAGCAGCAAGAACAUUUACCUGAAUGUGGCCGUCAACACGCUGAAAAAGCUUCGGGGAAAGAGCAGCUGCGGUCCACCACCUGCCUCCAGGGAGUCUGGUUUGGGAGCUAAAAGGAGAGCCCAGUCCCAUGAGGAGGUUCUGGGAGGUCGCCUGGCCGCCACAACCAGCUUCACUGUCAACAGGUCGGGUAAACAGCAGGAGGAGAAACUCACGGGAGCCACUCUGUACCGGAAGCUGAAGGCGUACCUCCUGACGGAGGAGCAGCUCCAGGAGCAUGGCUACCCUAGAGUAAACCCGGAGUCUCCAGGCAGAGCCCUCCUUUACAACCUGCCAGAGAAAAAGGCCAUCGCAGACCCAUUCACCAAGAUUUGCUGCCGCUGCGGUGCAGAGUAUAAGGUCAACGUGAACGGAAACUGUGUGAGGAGAGAGGAGUGCAGCUAUCACUGGGGACGUUUACGCAGACAUAAAGUCUCUGGAGGCUGGGAGACGAGCUACAGCUGCUGCACUGCGACUGUGGGAGCUGCAGGAUGCCAGAUCGCCAAGCAACACGUUCAGGACGCGCGUAAAGAGUCGCUGGACGGCUUUGUGUCAACGUUCAGCAAAUCGCUCUCACCAGAGAAAAAUGGAGGAGUGUUCGCUCUGGACUGUGAGAUGUGUUAUACCAGACAGGGUCUGGAGCUGACCAGGGUGACGGUCAUCGACUCGGAGCUGAAAGUCAUCUACGAUACGUUUGUUAAACCAGACAGCAAAGUGGUCGACUACAACACGCGAUUUUCAGGAGUGACAGAGGAAGACUUGGAGAACACCACCAUCACGCUGAGAGACGUUCAGGCCGUUCUGCUCUGCAUGUUCAGCUCAGAGUCCAUCCUCAUCGGACACAGUCUGGAGAGCGACCUCCUCGCUCUGAAGCUCAUCCACAGUUCAGUGGUCGACACCUCUGUAGUGUUUCCUCAUCGCCUCGGUUUGCCCUACAAACGCGCCCUGAAGAACCUGAUGGCCGAUCAUCUCAAACGCAUCAUUCAGGAUAACGUGGAUGGACACGACUCCAGUGAAGACGCAUCGGCCUGCAUGGAGCUGAUGAUCUGGAAGAUUAGAGAAGAUGCAAAAGUCAAAAGAUGACCCUUGCCGCUCUGCACUCAUCUGGAUGAUGUUCCCAGGAGCUCCAGGAGUUCAGAAAACAUGCACUCGUUGCUCUCAAGGAGAUUCAGUCAGUUUCUUGAAAGGGUUUAGCACAGAUUUCAUUGUUAAACUGCAUCAGAAGAGAGCACCUUUAAAGCAAUAGAAACCUAAAUUAAUAAUAUUUUCAUUCAAAAACGUACUGCAUUUAUUUUGGCUAAAACAUAUUUCUGUUUAUUUAAUCUUAUCAGUGAAAACAACUUUUCUGUGGAAGAAUAACCUCAAGCUUUAGUUUAGUGAAUGUCAUCGACUAAACAUUGAUUAAUAUUACUGAAAAAAAAGAUCAGGCCAAAUCCUGAGUAUUUAUUGCACUAUACAAGAGAUGCUGUUGUACAGGGUCCAAAUCUGAAUUCUUGUUUGUUGUGACUCCAUUUUGUUGUAAAAGAAGAAAUGGAGUUACUCUUAAUAGAGUCAAAUGUGGGUGCAUAAAUGCACGUCAGUCGCAUCUGGUAUCCUGUAGCUCACAACCUUUCAGGUCGUUGCUAUUGAUCGCGAUUAACAUACUCUUAAAAACCAAUCUUACAUAAGACUGUCACCACUAAAUGUUUGGCUUCAAUCACUGCCUGAGACAAAGCUGCAGGAACAUUCACACCUGCAGAAAUCGGCAAAUAUUUAAUUCAGUGUUUAGUUAGGGCAGAUUUGUUAUUGCACAGAGUAACAGCGAAUGUUCUGACAUAAAGUCAAAUGCAGAAAUUAUUCUGCGAAUGCUUUCUUUUGUAUGUCCUCACCUUUUUGUUUGUUGAUCUUUUUCUAUUAAAAUGUAUUUGUUUAAGGACAAA